AUGAAGGUCGUCUGGGAACGUUUGAUACGCUUCGUGGCCACAGAUGGACGGACACUAUAUGGGGAGCCCGUCCUUCCCAGUCCAGACUUCGACAUCGGCAGUACAACUGCGGAAACAGGUCUAAAGGCCAAGGUUAUCCAAGGCGACCCUUAUGGCGAAGCGCCGUCGACCAAGGUGACCGACGAGAUCGCCACGGUGAGGAAGCUGCUCGGUCCCCUUGCGCCUGGGGACGUCCCGAUAUUGCGUUGCGUGGGGCUGAAUUACGCGACUCACAUCCGCGAGGCUGGCCGAACGCAGCCCCCAUUCCCGUCCAUCUUCUUCAAGCCAUCGACUACCGUAGCGGACCACGAUACCAACGUAGUUAUUCCAAAGAUUGCUCAAGAUGACCAGGCGGAUUACGAAGGAGAAUUGGUUGUCGUCAUAGGAAAAGACGCGAAGGACGUAUCGGAGUCAGAAGCGCUCGAUUAUGUCGCCGCGUACACCGCGGGAAACGACAUCUCCUCGCGAAAAUGGCAGCGAAGUCCAGCCCUAGCAGGUGGUGUGCCUCAGUGGGGGUUCUCCAAAGGAUUUGAUACUUACGCGCCCAUGGGACCGGUUCUCGUCUCUCGCAGUCUCAUCCCAGAUCCCGCUGAACUCCACCUGCAGACCAUUGUUGAUGGAGAACUCCGGCAAGACGCUGGUUUGGACGAUUUGGUCUUCUCUGUGCCGCGCCUCAUCGCGCACCUCUCGUCUGGAACAACAUUGCAGAAAGGCAGUGUUAUUAUGACGGGAACACCUGGAGGUAUCUACUCGCCCAUAUCCCCUUCAUGA